GUUGUGUAUUCUUGCAGCCUCAUAAAUGUGAUGAAUAUAUGUAUUUCUUCCUUUGCGUCUCAUGAAAUAUUUACAAAGCCACUUUUUGACAGAAUUUUACAUCUGAAUUGUAAAACAUGUUUACUUUCUAAGAAUCUCGCUCAUUACGGCCACCAAGUGUCGAUCAGUGGAAUAACAGGAAGCUGCUGGCAGAUCCACUUGUGAAAACCCCACUACCAGCUGCUGCUGUAAACAUUUCAUGAAUGGGGUUCAUGUGUUUUACAGCAUCAAAUUAAGUCUUGUUGUCAUUUCCCAGACUGCUGCAGGCCGUGACACGAGAAUGAAGAAAGAGCAUGACGCUGAGACUCCAGUGAAAGUGAAGGGGGAGGAGGAUGGUGAUACCAAGGGCAGACAAUUCCACAAAGUUCACUCAUUCAGAGUGAAAUUCAAGGCCCGUGACCAGGAUGAAUACGAUGUUUCCUGUCCUGGCCCCUGCACAGUGCUGGAGGCAAUUAAAUCAACUGAAAAGUAUCAAGAGGAGCUGAGGAACAAAUGGUUAGAUGAAAACGUUGUAAUUCGGCUGGGUCAGGGACAUAUGGAAUAUGUUGUUGCAACCCAUUUUCCUUGUACUUGUAUCAGCGAUAGGGAGCUGGUUACCAUAUUCUAUCAACCAAAAACGGCUGAGAAGAUCCAAGACCAAAAUUACACGAUAUAUCCCAGGGAAGAAUACUCUGUCUUCUACAUUGAUACUAUAGGAGGAAAAAAUGCCAAAUCAAAAAAAAAAUUUAGAAACAAUGUUUUCACAAAGUUCAAGUAUCUCCGUGUUUAUGCAGAGAAGGGCAUGACUGUGGAACAGGCUCUGAAAAGAGACGGUCGCUUCACUGAUGACCUUGGUGGCUUCUCUCUGUCCGACAAUGAUCAUUCAAAGAUUAAGAUUGAACGCACACAGCCUGUUGACAAUCAAGAUGACAAAAAACUCAAGUUAUGUUAUCGCCAUGAAAGCGAGGAAAAAACACUACAGGAAAACCCUCAUGCAUCAAUUGGUUCACAACACAAAUCUGACACAGUCUCAGAGGCACCAAUGGAAAGUCCACGUGCAUCAGGUAGUUCAAACCAGACAAGUGACACAGUGACGGUCUCAGAUGUAGCACAGCAGAGAGGAAUCAGUGUCGGCACUGAGGAGAUUUAUGAGCUACCCCGAAAGCAGUUUCCAGAUCUGAUAAAACUGCUGGAGAGCAGAUUCCCUGGUGAUUCUUUUCGGAAAGAAAUAGACCUGAGGAAGGAAAACUUUGGAAAGAUCCAAGCAUCAUUCAGUGAGGUUCACAGAGUCAGGAAGCUGCUGAAACUUGGCAACUCAGUUUGUAAAGUGAUUGUUGAGGGUGUUUGUCAGGGAACUGGCUUUGUACUGUUUGAUAACUUCAUCCUGACUAAUGUCCAUUUAUUUCGUGAAUUUAAAGAUUGUAUUGAAGGAAGAAAUCUGAAGGACGGUAUAGAUGUGUUUGCUCUGUUUAACUAUGAUGAUCCAGAGCCAAAGACAAAUUACUACUACUUCAGGGGUGAGAAAACAUUGAUUGACAUUGAUGGUGACCUGGAUUAUGCCAUAAUAGAGCUCAACCCUGAGGGCCAGAGAAGCAACACAAAAACCAAAAACAAGAAAACAAGUAUACCACCAGGGCUCCUUAAGAAAUUUGGCCCAAUGCCUCCAAAUGGUGAAGCCUGUAUUAUCGGCCACCCAGCAGGAGGAGUGAAGAAAAUGGAUCCUACAUGUAUCAUUGAGAAAGAGAAGAGAGAGCAGGCUGUUGAUGAACAUUUAUGGCCAUACAGAGAGACUGUGUUCAUUAUCCAUUCAAUCAGGCAACUGAUCACAAAUCAAGGCAUUGAAGACAUAAUGAUGGGUGGAAACAAAGCAGAACAAGUGGUGACCUACAACACGUUCAUGUAUCACGGCUCUUCUGGUUCCCCAGUGUUUGAUGGUCAGUGCAGAGUUUUUGGUCUGCACACUGCAGGAUAUGUCUAUGAGUUUAGAAACAUGGAAGAGCAUGUGAUUGAGUGUGCCCAUCCUCUGCUUACUAUAUUUGAAAGUUUUGUGAGUAAGAUGAAGGAAGAGAGAAGUGAGGAGCUGUUGAAGAGAGUUCAGGAGGAAGCAAAGGGAAAUCCAUACCUAGAAAAAAUAGUCAAGGGUGAUGAGUCCAUGGAUGUUGAUGAAGAGUGAUCCAGAGGCUCCUCAAGCAUCAGAACACAUGUGUUUGUGUUAGAAUGGUUUUUUCCAUCUUCAGUAAAUAUAAUCAUCUAUAAAAUAUAGUUGCAUUUGCUUUUACAGUAUUAAAGUUUUUUUCAGUCUCUGGCUUUACUGUGCUUUAACCAUCGGUUGUUAAAUGUUAGUGAUGUAACAGUGUAAAGCCCCUUUCAGACAUGGUACCUGUACAUAUGCUGUCCGUAUGUGGAUGUGUACCAGUUAGUUUUGUUUUGUUUAUUUUGGUGUUCAAAGCCACUGUGCAUGAAAUUCCUAGUAAUGUUUUGUUGUUGGUAGCACUCUGCUGGCUGCGUGACACGUGGCUUUGUCCAGACGUGAUGCCCAGAUGUGAAACAGUAGGUAAAUUCAUGGGUAAGGUUGCCGGUCUGAAAAGGGCUUAAGACUUUCAGUUGUAUUAAAUCUCAAGUGCUUGGUUCUGUUCAGACUCUGUUUCUUAGUUUUUUCAUGGUUAUAUUAACAAUAUUUUCCGAAUACCUUUCCAUUCUCUGAAAGUUUCCCUGAGAGAAGGCCACAGUGCCACAGCUCAUGUGGCUAAUAAAUAAAUACUGCUCAGUCAUCCAACAAAUGUUCACACACUGUCUUG